AUGCCUGGGGUAUAUGAUAGAUUCAACAAGGAUCUAUCAAAUGGUAUCAGAGCUGUUGAUGCUGGGGAAGAAAUGAUAGCAAGGAGGAUAAUCCAAACAGAUCUGCUAGAGAUGGCGAAGCUAAUGGAGAUGCAUCGUCAGAAUCAGAUAAAGAGAGAAGAAGAGACAGAAGCUAAAAUAGCACAAAUGAAAAAAUACUACUACUCAGAGGAAGGGAUGGAGGCUGAGAAGGCGAAAUGGAGACAAAUUUAUUACUCAACCUUGAAGGAGAAGGAGAAAGUAGUCCAUGAAGAGGAGGAAGAGGAAUUUAGUGGAAGUUGCUGA